AUGGAGCUUGUUUGCAGAAGCUUCAGGCUAGAAAGAGGUUCGUCAAUAAAGCUAGGGAGAUCGAACAGUUCGCUGCUGGUAUCAGAAUCUAUAUCUUCAGAAUGUGCAAAAAUUGCGGGCUAUGAGAGGCUUUCAGCUUCUAUGAGGAUGAGCAGUGAGCAGGAUAUCAGAUAUAGGAGCAGGAAAAGCAGGGCUUUCAUGUUUAUAAGUAAGGUUUUCAGCUUCAGGAAAAUCUCUGGCGAUUGUGAGACAAAGCAGCAAGCAAAUAUGGUGACUCAGGAGGAGAAGAAGAGGAAGAAGAACAGGUCUUCGUGGCUUCCUGAUCCUGGAAGGAGAUGGCCUGUGCAGGGUUGGCAAAACACAUACGAAUGUAAUGAGAAAAGGCUUGCGAUCAAGUUACCUGCCGCUCCUCGAAAAAGUUCACCUUUACAACUAAAAUCAAUGGAUUCAGCACUGUCAUUUACAGUAACACUCAAUUGCAUCUGUCUUCAGGGUCUCAAGGCAGACCUCAGAGAUCCUGAUACUGCAAUCAAACCACAGUUCUUGCGAAGGAUACCUAGCAUACAAUUGACAAUUCGUGCUUUGAAUUACCGAAAUUGGAAGAAAGAAACAAAUAGAAUGCAUAGCCAAUGUAACACUGCGAGUGUGCACCCGGGAAUAAGGGUUGCAGAGGAAAUCCUCCACACGGUCCACCCCAAGAAAAGGAGUCUGUUUUGUUAG